AUGUGCCACUUUCAGGUCUCCUCACACACUGCUGGUGUGUUCCAUUUUUUGUCAUAAGGUGCUGGCAGAUUACGGGCCUCCCAUAGCUGCUGCUAGGCCCCUAAUCUGCCAUGGGCCACUGUACCGCCUCCUCAUGCUGCUGCCAGGUCCACAGUGUCUCAUGCCAUGUGCCACUUUCAGGUCUCCUCACACUGCUGGUGUGUUCAAUUUUUUGUCAUAGGGUGCUGGCAGAUUACGGGCCUCCCAUAGCUGCUGCCAGGCCUCUAAUCUGCCAUGGGCCCCUGUACCGCCUCCUCAUGCUGCUGCCAAGUCCAGAGUCUCUCAUGGGUCCCUAUACGGCCUCCCAUUGCUGCUGUCCCCAUCGCCACACUCUGCCAUGUGCCACUUUCAGGUCUCCUCACACUGCUGGUGUGUUCCAUUUUUUGUCAUAGGGUGCUGGCAGAUUACGGGCCUCCCAUAGCUGCUCGCCAGGCCCCUAAUCUGCCAUGGGCCCCUGUACCGCCUCCUCAUGCUGCUGCCAGGUCCAGAGUCUCUCAUGGGUCCCUGUACGGCCUCCCAUUGCUGCUGUCUCCAUCGCCACACUCUGCCAUGUGCCACUUUCAGGUCUCCUCACACACUGCUGGUGUGUUCAAUUUUUUGUCAUAGGGUGCUG